GAGAGGUAAAUAGCCUUAAAUCGGAAGGGAGCUGCUUCUCUGUGGUCUUCCACAAGAGCUGCCUGGGCUCUGCUGGCUCAGUAAUAACUGAGUGACCUUUUCUUUUGCUGUAUUAUGUCUGGCUGGUAAGGGAUUGCAUUUUGCAGCUGAUAAAGCCCUGACUUCAUUCAACUCGGCUCCUCACACGCUGCUUUAGGUAAGUUGUCUUCAGCCAGGACGGAGACAGACAGCCUUGGACUGCAAGAUACUAAAAGGAGGACACCUGUAGCUCGGAUGCGGUCAACACAAUUACUUGGCGGAUCCUUGAGGACCUCAUUAUUUUAAACUUAAAGAAUAGCGAUCUCCCCCCCCAUCUCUCCCACCCCCCCUUUAUUUUUUUUCCCCAAACAAUGCUUCUUUUUGACCUUUCCCAAGGAGAAGAGCUACAAAGCAGCCACUGUGCUUAUUGAACUGCCUCCCCUCUAUCGCUUAAUUGAGAAGGUAUACAAAUGCUCUCAGUCCAGCCAGACACCAAGCCGAAAGGUUGUGCUGGCUGCAACCGUAAGAUUAAAGACCGGUAUCUUCUAAAGGCCCUGGACAAAUAUUGGCAUGAAGACUGCUUGAAAUGUGCCUGCUGUGACUGUCGCCUGGGGGAGGUGGGCUCCACUCUGUACACCAAAGCCAACCUUAUCCUUUGUCGCAGAGACUACCUGAGGUUAUUUGGCGUUACAGGAAACUGCGCUGCCUGCAGUAAGCUCAUACCUGCUUUUGAGAUGGUGAUGAGAGCUAAGGACAAUGUUUAUCACCUGGACUGUUUUGCAUGUCAACUUUGUAAUCAGAGAUUUUGCGUUGGAGACAAAUUUUUCCUGAAGAACAACAUGAUUCUGUGCCAGACAGACUAUGAGGAGGGUUUGAUGAAAGAAGGUUAUGCACCCCAGGUUCGCUGAUCUGAUGCCGCACCGUUAAGAAUACAAAGCACUAUGUUCUUUUAUCUUUUUUGCUCAACAUGUAUAUAAGAAAUGACACAGGAACCUACUGAAUAGCGUAGAUAUAGGGAGACAGAAUGGUUGCGUGAAAUAAAAGGCGGACUGCAUCUGUAUGUAGUGAAAAUUGCUCCAGUUCAGAGUUGAAUGUUAAUUAAAAAGGUACUGUACAUACAGCUGGAUUCUUUUGCUUGCUAUUGGGGUUUUUGGUUUAUUUGUUCGGGCUUUUUGUUUGUUUCUUUUUGUGUCACUUGGCAUGAGAUGUUUAUUUUGGACUAUUGUAUAUAAUGUAUUGUAAUAUUUGAAGCACAAAUGUAAUACAGUUUUAUUGUGUUA